CCGAGUGUCACAUUACCAAGCCCGGCGGGAGAGUUCAGUGCCCAGGUCUGGUUCCCUGGGAAAAAUGGAUCGGAUUUGGGCCGCGUGGUGCGGAAAGUGCGUCAAUGAGAACGGGCGGAUGCAACUGUGGACCCAGCACCUCGUGGUGGCCUGGCUCAAUAGGGCAGAGUGGGAUCAGGUGACCGUUUAUCUGUUUUGCGACGACCAUAAAUUGCAGCGCUACGCGCUCAACCGCAUCACAGUGUGGAGGAGCAGGUUAGGAAACGAACUUCCCCUGGCAGUGGCUUCUACUGCUGACCUGGUACGCUGUAAGCUCAUGGAUGUAACUGGUGGCUUGGGCACUGAUGAACUUAGACUACUUUAUGGCAUGGCGUUGGUCAGGUUUGUGAAUCUUAUCUCAGAGAGGAAGACAAAGUUUGCCAAGCUCCCCCUGAGGUUCCUGGCUCAAGAGGUGAAUAUUCCAGACUGGAUUGUUCAACUUCGCCAUGAAUUGACCCAUAAGAAAAUGCCCCAUAUAAAUGACUGUCGUAGAGGUUGUUACUUUGUUUUGGAUUGGCUCCAGAAGACCUAUUGGUAUCGCCAACUGGAAAACAGCUUGAGAGAUACCUGGGAGUUGGAGAACAGGGAAGAAACAGAUGAAGAGGAUCAUGAGGAGAAUAAGAAUAGUGUUGAUAAUGUCACAGAACACAAAUCAAAAUCUAAGGAUGAAGGGAAAGGAGCACAACUAGAUGACAAAACUGAUGAAAGCAGUGAAAGCAACAAAGAGUUUGAUUCACAUUGGGAAAAGGCUCUGAGACAUAAAGAGCUAUAUGAGAGGGCCCGAGAACUCUUGGUAUCUUAUGAAGAGGAGCAAUUUAAGGUGCUGGAGAAACUUAGGCAUUUACCUCAGGCCAUUAAGGCAUGGAAUAGCCUCUCCCCAUCUGUAGAAUGUAUCCUGGCAGAGCUCAAGGGCAUUACAUGGGAGAACAGGGAAGCUGUGCUGGAUGCAUUCCUGGAUGAUGGCUUUCUCAUCCCCACAUUUGAGCAGUUGGCAGCUUUGCAGAUAGACUAUGAAGAAAACAUGGAUUUGAAUGAUGUUCUGGUGCCAAAGCCAUUCUCUCAAUUCUGGCAGCCCCUACUUAGGGGCCUACACUCCCAGACCUUCACACAGGCCCUUCUGGAUAGGAUGCUUUCUGAGCUGCCAACCUCGGGGGACAGUGGAAUCCGGCCUACCUACAUCCUCAGAUGGACAAUCGAACUGAUCGUAGCUAACACCAAGACUGGACGAAAUGCCCGAAGAUUUUCUGCAAACCAGUGGGAAGUGAGAAGGAGCUGGAGGCUAUUCAACUCUUCUGCCUCCCUUGAUUGGCCCCGGGUGAUUGAAUCCUGCUUAGGCUCACCUUGCUGGGCCAGUCCCCAACUCCUUCAGCUUGUCUUCAAAGCCAUGGGACAGGCACUGCCUGAUGAGGAACAGGAGAAGUUGCUCUGCGUCUGUUCCAUUUAUACUCAGAGCGGAGAAAACAGCCUGGUACAGGAAGGCUCAAAGACGACCCGUUAUGGGACUUCUCCCUACACACUGGAUAGCUUGUAUUGGAACCUUAAACCAGCAGGUUCCAACUUUGGGCCUGCAGGAGAAGCACAGCAGAAAAAGGAGCAAGGCUACCUUAAUGAUAUCAAGGAAGGCGAGAAGGAGAAAGAGAUCUUAGAAGAUCCAUUUGAGGAGGAAGAUGAAAAUGAUGCCCAUGAAAAGUGGGAGGUGGAGGAAGAGGAGGAGGAUGAAGAUGAUGAAGAUGAUGAAGAUGAAGACAGAAUGGAGGUGGUGCCUUUUUCAAUUGGGGAGGAAUCCCUCACUGUUGAGAAUGGCAGGCUCCUAGCCCAGAAAAGCGGAAUUUUGCAGGAUUCCGCAUGGCAAGUUAGUUCGGAAGAUGUGCGGUGGGACACAUUCCCCUUAGGCAGAAUGCCUGGUCAGACUGAGGACCCAGCGGAACUGAUGCUUGAGAAUUAUGAUACCAUGUAUCUUUUGGACCAGCCUGUGCUAGAGCAGCGAUUGGAACCGCCAAAGUACAAAACUGGUACCUUGGGCCUGAGCUGUGGCAUUAGGAGUGGCAACAGCAGCAGUGGCAGUGACAGCAGCAGUAAAUUGGAGGGUCUUCUUUGGAGCCAGGAACAGCUACAUGGGCUCAAAAUGGGCCUACAGCUCUUCUGAUGCCAGCCCUGUUGCAAGUGUUCUUCCAGCCCGACUGGGCCAACGGCCUCUAAUUCUCCCAACCUCAUUUUUCCUAAGACUCCUUGAAACAACCUGGGAGACAGGCUAUUCACUCACCUAAACUCAGCUUUCUACCACAGUGGAAUUAUGAAUCAUUUUGGGGCUUUUUAAAUGUUUAUUUUGAAAAACAAUAAAAAGGUAAAUAUUG